AUGUCCAUAACGAGACCGCCGGAAUGGCUCGAUGGAAGCUCGAAAAUGAGACGUAUGAGGAAACCAGACUUAGCGGAAUCAAUGGAACUCAUCAUGAAUGAACGUGGAGAUGGCGAUGCCGCUUGUCACAACAAGAUGACUCGCAUCAACAGUUCUCAUCUCGAAUUCUCAACGAUGAAAAUCUCAAAAAAUGCUGUAAGUGGUGACAGUCGCCGAAGGCGCACUUCUUCCGAACGUCCAGGCCGUUCUUCCGAAGAAGAAGACUAG